AUGCUCCACCUAACCCUCUACCUCUCCGGCCUCCUCCUCCACAUCUACAUCCUCACCAAACUCGUCCUUCACGCCACCAUUUACCUCCUCCCCUCGUCUCUCCCGCAAUACCUCUCCUCCAACCCCAAUGCCGCCGAAUCCUGGGCCCUCAUAACCGGCUCCACCGCCGGCAUCGGGUUUGGGUUUGCCCAAGAGCUCUUAUCUAGGGGUUUCAACGUGAUCAUCCACGGUAAAGACACCCAAGAGCUCGAACACGCACGGACCCAACUCCGUCUUUCUUUCCCGCAUCGCUCCAUCCGCAUCUUCCAAUACGAUGCCGCCGCCUCCUCCACUACCACGCUAGAAGAUUCCCUGGCCAAAGUACUGCAGGGUAUAUCGCUCCGGGUCCUCAUCAACAAUGUCGGCGGACAAGCAGGCCAGACGCGAUAUACGUAUCAGCGUCUCGCCGAUUUCUCGGACAAAGAAGUCUCUCGGGUGAUGAAUGUGAACGCGCAUUUCAUGACGCAGAUCAAUCGCAUCAUAUUGCCUCGGUUUCUAUCCACCCAGAACAAGAAGGAGAGGGAGGAGGGAGGUUUACUGCCAUGUCUCAUCCUCAACAUAUCCUCCCUCUCCGCAACAGGCCUCCCUUAUCUAUCCGUCUACGCGGCCUCAAAAGCCUACGUCGACGCCUUCACCCGCUCCUUGCACGCGGAGAUGCUAGCCGAGAAAACACCCGUAAGUGUACUGGGCGUGGUAUGCGGGAACGUGCAGAGCGACGGACACAGGCUUACCCCGGGGUGGUUUGUACCGACGUCUAGAGCCAUGGCGCGCGCGGCGCUGCGGUACGUUGGCCCGGCACCAUCAUCAGCAUCAGAACCAGUAUCAGGAUCAGCAUCAGGGUUGGCGUCAGCAGCGGCAUCAGCGCUUGGGCGAAGAUUGGGUGGUCAGCGGGCGCUGGUGACGGCUUAUUGGCCGCAUGCGGUGCAGGCGUGGGGAUUUGGGAUUCUGCCGGAGAAGGCUCGGGAGUGGAUUUCCAUUUCGAUUUUGAGGGGGUUGAAGGCUGACAUGGAGGGGGAGGAGAGGAGGGUGAGAUGA